UUGAAUUCUAUAUAUACAUGCAAGGUUUUCUCAUCAUUUACAGAAAUGGUUGCGGUUUAGAAACAAAGUUGAAGAAGACGAAGAAACGAGAACCGUUGAGCGAAGAAUCAACGAUUCAGAAUACAUAGAAAAAAUUCAUAAUCAAAACUGCAUGGACCCCACGUCAAAUUCACCACCGACUCCACCGUUUGAGCCCAAGGAAGAGCCAGCCACAGAAGAGAGGUCACCUUCAGGGUUAGGUAUUAUGCCGGUUGCAGUCCACGUGCCGGCGGCGAUGCCUCUGCCGUUAUCUUCGGCGCCAUCUGCGCCAAAGAGAGUGUCGACGAAAGACCGCCACACAAAGGUGGAGGGUCGUGGUCGGAGGAUCCGAAUGCCAGCCACGUGUGCAGCUCGUAUAUUUCAGUUGACCCGGGAACUUGGCCAUAAAUCGGAUGGGGAAACAAUCAAGUGGUUACUUGAACACGCAGAGCCUGCAAUUAUCGCGGCGACCGGAACCGGAACAGUUCCCGCCAUCGCCAUGUCGGUAAAUGGAACUCUCAAAAUCCCAACGACAAGCAACGCCAGUUCCGAACCAGGUGACCAAAGCGUUAAAAAGACGUGUAAGCGACCGGUGAAUAGCGAGUACGUGAAUGUAAACAAUGUCGUAUCAGUCACAUCUGGUCUGGCUCCUAUUAGUACUGCUAAUAGUGCCCAGCGGCAGGCUAGAGUAGCACAAGUGCCACAAAGGCUGGCACCCAUGUGGGCCAUACCGUCAAACGUCGUCGUUCCCGGUGCAUUACUCAUGGUGCCACAAACUAUAGCAACCAUUGCUAGACCUUCCAAUAAUCAGCCUCAGAUAUUCGCAUUCCCUGCAACUGCUACGCCACUAAUAAACAUAGCUGCAGCUAGACCCAUUUCUUCUUUCGUUUCCUCCAUGCAACAUGCCACUAAUUUAACCACCCCACUUCAAAUUCAAACAAACGCAACAGCAACAACGUUAGGUUCAACUGUUUCCGCUUCAAAAUCAUCCAAAACAGUUUCAGUUAUGGCCCCAAGUUCAGCUUCCGCUACUACUACUGCUACUAAUACCGGGACAACGCAGAUGCUGAGAGACUUUUCGUUGGAGAUUCAAGAUAAGCAAGAGCUUCAACUCAUGAAUCGCUCUGCAAAGGAAUGAAAUCAAGGAAAAAAAAAGUGUUUCCCGUGUAAUAUAUCUAAGAUAACAGUUCAUGGUAUCAUGCUGUACUUGUUAUAACUAUAUCCGCCAUUAACGAGCCUCGAAGUUGGCCUCCUUUCUCAAUAAGAGCCUCUCUCUAUUACUCAUCAGAGAUGGGUGAAGGGGAGAGAGAGAAUGCACGUGCUCACGUGAGGGAAGUUGAAAAGGCGUGCACGUGUAAUGUGGGGUCGAAUUAGGGGGGGAAAGGGGUCCACUUAUGUCGUGGGUCAACACUCAACUAAAAAGCAAACGGACGAUGCUCCGUGGUGGACCGUGCAAAACCAAGAUAUUAUUUAUUUUUGGCAGAGUAGAAAAACAGGCGCACCUCAUCUCCCUCUCAUGUGAUGUGGCGCGGGUCCCAAUGACAGGAGAGAAGUGAGCGGACGUGGGUCCAGUCUAUCUAGCUAGCCUAACGGUACCGUUUCCACAUUGUUUCCAAGGCAGCCGCCUACUGGUUCCCAUAUUAUUGGUUCGGUGGUCCGUCGCUUUUAAGCGACACUUGUCUUGUUUAGCUGUUUUUGGUGCAGUUUUUUUUAGUUGGACACGUGGACUCUGUUUUUGGAUGGCCCACAUUUCACGUAGGAGAUGCUUUACAAAAGAGAAAUCAUGAUAACAAUGACGACGAAGAUGAUGAUAGCAUCAAACGCCACUGGAUUUUUCACUUUGCUUCUGAACUGAUUGUAAAUAAAUAAUAAUAAAAUUACUCUAGUCCUUCCUGGUCUGUUCACCGCCAUUUCUGUGCGGCCUUUUUAUCGUGAUCUAUUAAUAGGUGGAAGGAUUUGAUCCAA